CCUCAUGAAACAGAUCACUCCUCCUCCUCACAUCAGAUUCGUCUCAUAUUCCCGCCUUCAAAAAAUGAUGCCACUUAUAUGAAUGAAUCUCUCAUUCUCUCAUUCCUCCCAUUCACCUCAUUCUAUCCAAAGCCAAGAAUCACAUCUUAAUUAUUUCUCCAACUAAAAGUUUCCAACCUCACUCACUCAAAAUGAACCAUCGACCGGGCCAUGGAGAAGAGCUUCCAUGGGCUAAACCCCUCAGUAUAGAUCUCCUGCACAAAGUCCUCAAAGUAACAUUUCUCCAUCCUUUUGUCGCAUGGAUGAUUCCUCUCUGUAUGCGCGCACAAGCUAUGCCAUGGCAUCAUCAAGCCAUUCAAUAUGCCAUUGGCUAUGCCUCUUUGCUCACCAUGUUAUAUUUCCUCUCGAUACUCAAUCGUCAAAUCGCAUACUCCAAGGCUAGAGAGGUAGAUCUGUCAGAAGAGGUUAUUGUGAUUACCGGCGGCGCAAGCGGAUUGGGAUUGUUAGUCGCGGAAGUAUAUGGCAUGCGAGGCGCAACAGUUGCAGUAUUAGAUGUGCGAGAUUUAGAGAGUGGAGAAGCGAGGGGCGUGAGUUAUUAUAAGUGUGAUGUAGGGAAUCGGGAGGAAGUUUCAAGAGUGGCUGUGGAAAUCGAACGAGAUGUUUGUUCUUCCCUCUAUUUUCAUCUAUGACUAGAAUACUAACAAGUAUAUAAAUAGCUCGGCACCCCUACAAUUCUCAUCAAUAAUGCGGCAAUCGUAAAUGGGAAAACACUCCUGGAUUUGUCUCUCGAUGAAAUUGAGCACAAUUUCAAAGUAAACCUUCUAGGAAGCUUCUACACCCUGAAAGCCUUCCUCCCAGGUAUCGUACGCACCGGUCACGGCACAAUCGUAACCAUGUCCAGCGUCCUAGGACACCUUGGCGCUGCCCAACUCAGUGAUUACAGCGCCUCCAAAGCCGGUUUAACCGCACUUCACCAUUCUUUAACAGCAGAACUCAAAGCACACCCUAAUAUCAAAACCAUACUCGUAGAGCCCGGUCAACUAAGCACGCCAUUAUUUUUCGGAACCGUGACACCGAAUAGUUUUUUGGGGCCGGUAUUGGAACCGGUUGAUGUAGCGAGGGAUAUUAUCGCCACGAUUGAUAAGGGGAGUAGUGCAGUUUUGGCGAUGCCGUUAUACGCGAGGUGGGUUGGCUUAAUGGCAGUUUUACCUGUGGGAGUGCAGGCGAUUGCUAGGAGGCUUAGUGGAAUCGAUGGAGCGAUGAAGACGUUUGUGGGGAGGGGAAAUAUGGGUGAGGAGAAAGAAAGAUUGAUAUAAGUGGAGAGAUUUGAUGCUGGCAUUGAAUCUGGAUGAAUGGAUGAGAUAUAGUGGUUUAAUACAGGUGUAAGAGGAUGAUAUAUAAUAUAUAAAAAUCAUCAUUACAUUAUUUCAUCAUCAGAAUUCACAAAUCAAAUAAAAACAAAAUUUAAAUUUAUCACUUCGCUUAUA